GUAGAACGUUGCGUAACAUACGAAAUUCAAAGGUUGGUGGCCGAUCGGCUCACGUCACUUUCAAAGAUCAUCGUCCGAUAUUUAUGUAACUCCGAAGCGACCCACAUGAUCGUAACACCUGCGGGCGAAUAAUCAGUGAAAGAGGACAGGCGGGAGCGGACGGGAAUUCGAGAAGUCCGAUUGCGGUAAGUAGAAAGCACCUUCUCGACGUUUGCAUCGAAUUCGAUUGGUUGGCGCUUUGCGUGGGAUUUCUAGGCUCUCUUUUGUAAUACGGAUCCCCGUGUCUAGUUACUCUUCGGCGUCUCUUCCAAAUCCAAAGUUCUCUUUCUCGAACGUUCCCUUGGUGAGUACUGUUACAUGUUACGAAUUGUCGGUUACACGUGAUAUCACAACUGUAUUUUAUUUUUUAGACUUUCGUCUGCAACAUUUUUAUUGCCUGAAAUCGACAGAGCAUUGGCGAAGUCGCUGCACGAACGACUCUUCUUUCAUUGACGAUUUUUAUGCGUUGAAAUUAUGUAGGUCUGUGACAUCGUAAAAUUCAUUUUUAGCGACGUCAAAUGAGAUUCCACCCACGCUACUCCAUAUAGGUAUGAAAAACAACACGAACGAAUCCCGGUGAAAGAGGACAAAAGAGGGGCCGACUUGUGUGUAUCAUGCUUACGUGAAAUAGAAAGGAAUCGGUGGACAAAAAUACUGCGUCAAGAUUCUGAAACGUGAUUGGUCGAUCCUCGGCGUGGGAUCUUACAGUCACCCUUAUAGAUCGGUGGAUCGCGUCGACCCGUUCUGCAGUACGUUGAUCACGAAGAUCGCACCAGACAUCGUUCGCAGAGCAGAGCAGAAAAUUGACAAAUAUGAUAGCAAGCAUUGCUAUCUUCGGACUUUUUUGUCUCGUUCCUUCCGAAGGGGUGAACUUUUUGAGAGUGAAACGUCAAAAUGUCCCGGAGCAAGGUGAACACGUGAUAGAUAACAUCUUUAACAUUCCGAUCACGGCGAUCAAACAAACCGCUACCGCUGCUCAGUCGUUUAGCCCGGAAAAUUCUCCAGCCAUUGACAGUGUUUUUCAGAUUCCUAUAUCGACUCUCGAGGCGGUUGGAAAUCUCGUAAAAGCGACGUCUGGACAAAGAACUCAGAAUUCCGAAGAGCUACAACGGAUACGACAAGAAAGAAGAGACAAAAUUCUGGCUCAAAGGGAAAGACAAAGAUCGCAAAGGGAUCAAAUUCAACGGCAACGUCUUCAACGUCAACAGAACAAGAGAACCAUCAUGCUUCACAAUAAAGACCCGUUCGGACUGAACGCCUUAUCGAAUCUUUUACUUGGUAAUCAUGGUUUUUUAGAUCUUUUUGGUGGGCAUGGUGGUCAUGUCGGACACGGGGUUCACAGUGGGCAGACUGAUCACGGUGGUAAUGGACACCAAGGCAUCCAUGGAAGCCACGGUAGUUUGACGGGUAGUAACCAAAACACUUACGAAGUCCACGAGAACGUGGAAGAAGACACUGGCUAUGCGUGGCACGGAAUCACAGCUGGAAUCGGAACAGUUUAUGGUUCCCGGCCCACCAACGCGUUUACGAUACAGAACAAGAUCGCCCCAAAAGAGGACAAGCCAAAUAAAUAUACUUACGACGAUUCACAAAUACAGAAUAAAAUUGCACCGGUAACAAACUUCAGGGAUAGGUUCAGAUACGAGGAAGAACCUCCGCUGCAGAAUAAAAUUGCACCGAAGAGCAACAGGAUCGCGUUUCAGUCUUGAGGAACAAGAUAAAGAAAAGCUAUAAAGCCUAAGUGAUAGAUCUCGUUAUAUCCCAGUUGCGUCAAUGUUAGACGAUAUACAUUUCAUCAGUAUCGAUAACGAUGAACGGAUAAUUGAGUAUAAUUAACUCUGGGAGAUUAUAAAUUACUGAUUUACGACUGUAGAUUACAAAUAUGUCAGUAAUCGUUAAAGUAAUUAUUAUUACAAUGUAAUCGCUAGAAUCCGAUGAGUAAACUUUUUUUUAGAAAAUUGCGAAAAUUUAAAACUGAAGUAAAGCAAGUCGUCAAGUAACGAUUCUAUUAUUUAAAUAAUAUAAGUAGAAUAUUGUAGUGUACGUGACGUAUUGGAUGUUCGCAAAAACUCACUCGAUUGCGUAUCUCUGUAUCUACCUUUGUACAAACAUUGAGAAAAAUUCCGUGAUUACAGGAAACGUAAAUGACAUGAGCGUUUCUCCGUCACAAUAAACAUCCAUAUUUAAUAUAGCAAUGUAAUCCUCCGCUGCAUACGUAAAUAUAUUUUCUUUCCACACAAAA